UGCAGUUGUUUGGAGCCUUGCUGAGAGGCUGCUGCGCGGACCUUUCCUACCUGAACCUGGCUAAGAAUUGCUUCUCCAAUAGGAAAGCGAGAGAUUCUCUGCCAACUUUCCGGCAAUUCUUCAGCUCAGCCUUCAGCCUGACUCAUGUGAGCCUGGCCUCCAUGAAGGUUCCUCCCGACUGGCUGAGAGCGCUCUUCCUCGGCCUGUCAAAUAACCCCCAUAUCACCGAUUUGCAGUUAGACAUCAGCGCCUGUGAGCUAAGGUCUGCGGGUGCCGCCGUUCUUCAGGAGCUCUUUCCAAGAGUUUCGUGCGUUGGGACUUUAGACAUCUCCGAUAAUGGCUUGGAUUCUGACUUGCAGGCCAUCAUCCCGGCAUUCUCAAGACACCCCUCCCUCAAACACCUGAUGCUGGGGAAGAACUUCAACAUCAAGGGCAGGGUGCUGGAUGAAAUACUGCAGAAACUGGUUCAUUUGGUGCAAGAGGAAGAGUGUGUCCUGCAGACUCUCUCUUUGGCCGACUCGAGACUACGCCAGCGGGGCACCAUGUUGGUCAACGCUCUGGGCUCCAACACGUGCCUGCGGAAGGUGGACUUGAGCGGCAACGGCCUGGAGGAUUCGGGAGCAAAGAUGCUGAGCAAAGCCCUGCAAAUUAAUACGACACUCAGAAGCGUCGCAUGGGAUCGCAACAACACCACGGCGACGGGCUUCCAAGAUGUGGCCAGAGCAUUGGAGCACAACUUUACACUGCAGUAUAUGCCCCUCCCCCUCAGUGACGCCACACAGGCAUACCGCAGUGCCCCAGAGAAGACCGACCAAGCCCUGAUCAAGAUCCAGCGAGCCCUGCUGAGAAACAACCAAACGCAACGUUUCUCUCAAAAGCAAGCUCUUAGGCUGCAUCAAGGCCUCGUCACCAGUACGGCCGAACAGGUGAUGGAACGUUUGUGCGUGCGGGUGCAACAACAGGUCGGCGUCCUGAAAGGCUGCGAGGAAGCUGAGGAGGUCCAAACAGCCAGGCAGAUUCUUAAGGAAGCCAGAAACUCCAAAGCUCUCUUCCCUUCCCUAUGUGAGCUGGCUCAUGUGUUGUCAGUGGAUGGUCCAGUCAGACAACGACUGGAUACUCUAGCCGGGGAGCUAGCGAGGGCUGCCGACAAAGAGCUGCAGGUGGUCGUGGACUCCAUGGUGUCUCUGUGCCGCGAGUUGUGCCCCAUGUCCUGCUCAGCUGCCGAGAGACUCAGCCCGCCUCUCUCGUCCAUCUCUGAGCAAGUUUCGAUCCCUCGCUCUUCCAUACGCAACGCCCUCAUGGAGAGAGCGUCCGAGGAUAUUAACAGAGCCCUAGAGGAGGUGAAGUUGUCCGUCGUGUCCUACUUAACCAACUCCAUCGUGGAUCAGAUUCUGCAAGAACUCUACACGACCCAUAAAACGCUGGUACUGCUGCGGCAGGUGUCUCAGGCCAAGCGCUGGGAUGAUGCGGGGACAGGAAGACAUACGAUCAGACAAUCCAGAGUUGCGGAGUCUCUGGAAUUCCCGGAUUCGGAGGAUGUGGGCGUCCACCUGGGAAUAGACACCAUGGCUAUAAAGAAACGGAGCUCCAGAACCAGAAGAAUCCGUCCCGUCUCCACCAGACCAAGUCUGGCAGAUGAGCCCAGCGCCUCCCCCACGCCCUCUGCUCCUCCCCCCUCCGCCCAAUUUUCCCACUCGGCAUCCUGGGAGUGCCUGUCCACCCUUCCCACCAACGGCUCGCCUUUGCGCCAUGUGACCCACCAUUACUUUGAGAACGGAGGAGUCAGUACGCUGGAGGAUGGACUGCCAGACUUCUACAGCAAGAGGGUUCUUCCUGACAGGCAUCAGUUGUCGUCCAUCCAUCAGGCUCAGUCACUGAGGAGGAAAAAAAGACGCAGCGUGUUGUCCAUUUUCUCCGGUUUCCGCAAGAACCGCAACUCCACCAUAUCAAACCAGGAGUUAGACCUGUCAGAGAAUGUGUACUCGAUGAUUCAGCAUCCAAAGGACGUCGGGAGGGCAGAUCAUUCCGCGCUUGGGGCAAACGGGACCGUGCCCUCACCUCGGGUCGGACAAGGCGUCCCUGUGCAAGGCUUGAGGCCCGCCAGCCCCUCUUGCCUUAUUCAGAGACAGUCCACAGACCUGGUCAGCAUGGUGUACAGCUGCAUUGGGGCCGACAUUGAAGAAUUGGACAACUGUGACACCAAAGCAACGCAGGAAAGCAUCUCGGAGGCCGACAGCAACCACACGAACGGACAUGAGGCGUCCUCCAAGCAGCAGGCGCACAGGCAGGAGAGGGUCGUACCUUUGACCGGCCCGCAGACUGACUCGGACGAGGAUGCUCCACGUAGCCGCAGAGGUGCGAGCGGCGCUGCUGGCAGCCUGAGGCCUGAGCCGCCGCCUCAGAGCACCAAGCCCAGUCUUGCUGCCAUGCGGCAGAGACACCUUCAGGAGAGUCUAGCGGAGGCAGGACGGUUGGAAGCACGAGAAGAGCAGACUGAAAGAAAACGUGAGGAAAAAGAGAGGACGCGGGGACCCGAGGGGCAGCGUCCGCUGAUCCCCGUCAAGCCCAGUCUUGACCUGGCACGAGACAAAACCUCUCCGGAAACCGCCAAGAUCUCUCCCAAAAUCUCACCCGUCAGUCGACAAGGAGCUGAUGCCCAGAGGAGUGCGCCUCUUGCGGCGUCUGUCAGUUACGAGGAAGUCACCAGCAGAGAAUGGAGAAGCCCGCCGGCACCUGCCGAGCCUCAAAUGGGUUCCGAGAUUCCUCAUAAAUUCUAUCGAGCUGCGGACGUCACGUGA